AUGGACCCGACUUUUGGAGAGGGUCAUACGAGGCAAAGAUCAGGAAGUACUCCAGGAUAUGAGCAGCAGCAAAAUGAGCAGGAGAAUCCGUAUGGAAUGCAGACACAACUUGGAAAAAUGGUGAGAUUUAAAAAUAAAUUAUUUUAUAAAGAAAUUAAAAUAGCUUUUUUGAUAUUUAAAGUAUAAAAUAUAUGAUCCUUCUGACUGUCUGAUACUGUAUUUGUUGUUGAAAACUAAUUCGCUCAAGUUUGAACGUACAAAGUUUCUUGAAUUUAUGAAAAAAUAUUUUCUUGAAUUUUUCGAAAUUUGCCACAAUAUAAGUCAUGUUCAGAUAAAAAUAUCACGGAAUCGUAAUCAGCAGGCUGAAAUCUACCAGAAAGUUUGGAAAAUCUGGCAGAAACCAUAUUUCAUUUCAAAAAUCUAAAGCGAAAAAAUUCCCUUUUAAAACUAAAGUAAGAAUCUUGUAGAUGUGGGAAGCUGGUUCAAAACAAGUUCAAGAUACAUUCAAAUCCUAUGGACGAAUUGAUCUUUUCCGGCCGUAUUUCGAUGUUGAACCCGCCGUUGUUCGAAAAAGAUUGAUCAGAUCUUUUAUUCCACGAAAACCGUCACAAAUCACAGUUUCGCCUGAUUUAUACGGACCAACUAUGAUUAUUUUAACAAGUGUCGCGCUUUUAUUGUAUAAUAUGAAAACUAGCGGGUAUGUUGAAUUCUCUUAAAGUUCAAACUCCGAAAAUUGCCUUAUUUAGAAUCGUAAUUCAAAAUGGAACAUUGAUGGGAACCGCUAUGUUUACUUGUUUUGGAAGCUGGGCUUUGAUUUCAGGAGGUCUUUGGUUGGCAUGUUUUCUAUUAUCCGCAGAAACUCCAAUGCUCACAAUUCUCUCAACUUUUGUAAGUCUUUGAUUUUUCGUUCCUUAUCAAUCUGAUAAUGUUCCAGGGCUAUUCACUGACUUCGCAUUGUUUAGUUCUUCUGUUAACAUCUCUGUUCCAUUCUUCACACGAUCAUUUAUUUUUCAUGCUAUUACUUGGAAUAUUCUGUGUUCCAUCAGCUCUUCGAAUGGCUUUGAUUAUCUGUUCCCAAUCAAGAAUUCCAGCGAAUCGCCUGAUUCUUAUCGGAGUUUCAAUCGCAGCUCAUCUUCUUUUGAUUAUUUACCUUCAUUUCGGAUUCCAUGUUGUUUUAGAAGAACUCGAUGAAAUUGUUGGUGAUGCGAUUGAUUUGAAACCUCCAGCUGCUAUUGUUUCCGAAGUAAUUUCUUAA